UUUGUUUUCUUUUAAGCCCAACAAAGUGGUUUUCUAUUAAGUAUUAUUUUCCAAAAUAAAAGGUGUUGGCAAUUCCAAAUAUGGCUGACAGACCUAAGGUCACUUGAUUUUCUUCUGAUCUGAACCUGGUUUUCACUUAAUACUCCGCCUGACCUGCUUGAAAGGAGUUGUGUUGUUGUUAUGAACAUUGUCUAACUGAACCCUAUCUUUUGUUGGGCUAUUUUCUCUUUUUCAGUUAAUUUGUUAGCUAGUGAUAACCAUGUAAGAUGAAACUUUUUUUUGAAGAGAUGUAAGAUGAAACUUAAUGAUGGAUGAUGUUUCAUGAGGUUGCUUGUGCCAUUUGGAAUAUUUUUUUAGUCGAUUUGAGUUGUCUUGGAUUAUGCAUAAAUGAGUAGUCGAUUUGUAUGUUUGUUGGUGGAUUGCUGGCAGCACUCGGAAUGCUGUUGUGGGGAAGAUGAUGCGUGCCUUUCGAGGGAAAUGAAUGAUAGAAGUUUUGAGGACUGCGAGAGGACUUUGGAGGAGAUUAAGUCUUUAUUUUUCAACACAUUGUAUCUUAGGAACUGCUGCUUUUGUUUCACUUUUGGCAUCAGAUUCCAUCUGGUCUCGUAUAAUGUUUUGGCUCAGGUUUAUGUGAAGAGUUCUCUGUUUCCACACUCUCCAUCUCCAUGUCUCAGGUGGAAAGCUCGUUCGCAGGCAAUUUUAUCUGUUCUCAAGAACCUUGGGGCUGAUUUUCUCUGUUUACAGGAAGUUGAUGAGUAUGAUAGCUUUUACAAAGGAAAUAUGGAGAGUCAUGGAUAUUCUAGUAUUUAUGUCCAGAGAAAUGGGCAGAAGCGUGACGGAUGUGGAAUUUUUUACAAGCAAAACAGUGCAGAGUUGGUUUUAGAGGAGAAAAUAGAAUAUAAUGAUCUUGUAGAUUCAAUUCAAGAUGGAAAACUUUUGGGUGAUGACAAACAUGACGGUGUGCAGACCAAUGGAAAUAAAGGAGCUGAACCAAAAAAUGCUAACAUCAACGAUCUUCUUUUAGAUUCAGCAUUAAAACAAGCCCCAGAGGAUCGUGGAGAUCCUAAUGAUCCUUGUGUGAGACUAAAACGUGAUUGUGUUGGAAUCAUGGCUGCAUUCAAACUCAAAGAUCCUCCACAUCAUGUUGUUAUUGUGGCAAACACACAUCUUUACUGGGAUCCAGAAUGGGCUGAUGUCAAGCUUGCUCAAGCUAAAUAUCUUCUAUCACGCUUAGCUCAAUUUAAAACACUGGUUUCCAACAGACUUGAAUGUACACCUUCAGUAAUAGUAGCUGGUGACUUCAAUUCCACCCCAGGGGAUAAGGUUUACCAGUACCUUAUUUCAGGCAACUGUUCAUUGGCACAAGUGGUGGAAUGUUUAGAAGAUAUCCCUAUUCCCUUGUGCAGUGCCUAUGCUUUUACGAAAGGAGAACCACCAUUUACAAACUGCACCCCUGACUUCACAGAUACACUUGAUUAUAUAUUCUUUUCCCCUACGGAUAACAUAAAACCAGUCAGUUUUUUGGAGCUUCCGGAACCAGACUCGCCCGAUGUUGUUGGUGGAUUACCGAACUCUAGCCACCCAAGUGAUCAUCUACCAAUUGGUGUUGGAUUUGAAAUUACCAUGGAAUAAAUUAUCUCAUGGUGCAUGUGGUAUUUGCAUUCCCCAUCUCUCUGUCUCAAAGAAAGGGUACAACUGAGACUACUUGAAAAUUAUAUUAGUGGGUUGACAUGUUUUAUAAGACUCCUUUUUUUAAAAAAUAAAAUAAAAUGAUUAUGAGCCUUGAUAAUUUCUUUGCAAAUUGGCCUUCUAGAUUGUAAUAAGCAAACGCUAGUGUGUUUUUCCAUGUAAAUUUAAGGGGAAAAAAGGGAAAGAAUCAAGUAUCUACAUCUUUUGACAGAAAUAUUUCUAGGGACAUUUUGUUUGUAACAUUUCUUCUGGUUUUUUAUCCACUCUCACAAGUCACAGCUUCCAUUGAUCUUGGGGGAUAUUUGAUUUGUGAUGCUUGGGAAUAGUUUUUUA